UGACAUGGAAGAGAAAGCUGCAAGAGCCUAUGACUUGGCUGCCCUCAAAUACUGGGGACCUUCCACACAUAUCAACUUCCCGUUGGAAGAUUAUCAACAAGAACUCGAGGAAAUGAAGAACAUGAGUCGACAAGAAUAUGUUGCUCAUUUGAGAAGAAAAAGUAGUGGGUUCUCACGAGGAGCUUCUAUGUACCGAGGCGUGACGAGGCACCACCAGCAUGGAAGAUGGCAAGCUCGAAUUGGGAGGGUUUCAGGAAACAAAGAUCUUUAUCUUGGAACCUUCAGUAAGUUUUUGAGGUUAGAAGUCCAACCGCUAUGCUGCACCCAAUCUAAGAUGCUGAAAUUUCAGAGGUCCUGUCGAAGAAUGUGGUUACUGGCAAUGACUCUGGUUUUGUGCAUCAGGCAUAGGUGGAUUGAUUUAAAGCUUGUAACGUAG